AUGUCAUCGCCGGACGUACGAACGUCGACAACUACUGUCUAUCAAGCGGACGCAGCAAUUUCGACAGCCGCCAAGGUCAGUUCAGAUACGAUGGCGAGGCCCAACGCUCAAGGAUCCGAUAUACCAAUCCCGGUUACGCCAAAGGCCGCGUAUGACAUUUUUGCCCUUGACGAUGGAAUUAUCUUUAACAGUAACCAAAAUCCAGACCCCGAGAUAAGAUCAAUAUCCACCGCGGACAUGGAGCGCGGUCAGGAGCUGUCAGAGUUGUUGCGCCAGUCGCAGCAAGGAAACCUGCAGUUUAUGUUCAUGGAUGAUCUCUUCUCUCCUGCUCAGCUUGAACUUUCCUUCUCUCCAGGGUCAUGUCGGGCCGCGAAUCUCGAUGCCCAAGAGGCAGAGCUUCUAUCUUUAGAAUGUUCCGCUUAUCUGGGUGCACCAGAAGUUCUCCAAAUGAACCAUCACAGUCAGUUGCCGGCUCGAGUAGAGGACAUUUCUAGCAUGCUUGUUGAGGCAUACUUCACCGUUGUCUGUCCUCUUUUCUCGACGUUCGAUUCGCAGCAAAUACGUUUCGGCCAUUUGCCAUGA